AUGGCCUUGAACUGGACUCUUUUGCCUGCUACGGUAUACAAUAACGCGAAGACGUUCCAUAGUUGCAAACUAUCGUCAUCACGAUCCUAUUUUGUUACACUUCGUAACUUUGACUUACAUUUUCAUCCAUCUGCUCUGUUCAUUAAUGUACAUAUGGCAUACUUUGGCGGUUUUGUUUGGCAGUAG